UUUAGUCUGGCAACGUCAAAAUCAAAACAACGGACAAAAUUCGUUUUCUUAUGUUGUCGGACGGCGUUGGAUGAUGGCAAAUGUUAUUACAGCCGUUAUUUCACGCAACUUAUGCUCUGCGAAUACCGUGUCGAGUUGCUUCGCGAUCUGAUUCUUUGUCGUGCCUACCAGUUCAAAGAGCUAACGAGCGUGCGCUUCGCCUCGGGUCCACGCCGAGCACCAGGUAUGCUGAACAGGUGAAAAGUCGAGCGUAGCGCUGGGUCGGUUGCGCUGGGCUCCUCGUAGGUUAGAUCCGUCGGUCGUCGUGUGCUGCGCGUGCCAAGUGCUCGCCGUGUUGGAGCGGCGAUGUGGGCCCUACUGAGUCGCAUCGCGGCCUUCUUGUACAUGCAAAUACGGCCAACGGUCAAGUGGAUUCUCCGUAGUUUGACUCGCCUGUGCGAGCUGCAGCGCAUUUGCUAUGGCACCGAGCGGGGAUGCAAGCGCACCCGCGAGCUCGAGUGGAGCUUGCAGAUGUCGCGCACCCCGGCCGUUCGAACCAUAUACGAUCGGCUCAUGCAACUCGCCGACGAAGGCCGCUUCACCAAGGAGCUGUGCGCGAACGCCGUCGAGUACGCCGUCAUAGGCGUCGCGUACGUGAAGAAGAUCAACACGCAGGUGCACCGCGAAUUCGUGCGCUCUUUCCGGACCAGCAUGCUCCAGAUGUGCGGCUACAGGCAGCUCGUCUACGAGGUGGAGCUGCUGCGCAAGACGCAGUUCGUGGCGCAGGACCCCGAGCACCUGAGCAAGCUGCUGCGACUGUGGAAGCUGCUGCGGCCGGACGAGCACCUGCGCGGGCCCGUGUCCAAGCAGUGGACCGAGGUGGGCUUCCAGGGCGAGGACCCGCGCACCGACUUCCGCGGGAUGGGCAUGCUCGGGCUGGAGAACUUGGUCUUCUUCGCCACCGAGUACACCGAGGUGGCGCGCCACGUCCUGUCCCACUCGCUGCACCCGCAGUUCGGCUACUCGUUCGCCAUCGUGGGCAUCAACCUGACGAGCCUGCUGUACCACCUGCUCGUCAAGGGCAAGCUCAAGUCUCACGUGUACAACGCGGUCGCCGAGAGGCCGCACGUCGACGACUUCCACAGGGUGUACUGCUACGUGUUCUUCGAGUUCGACAAAUUCUGGCUGGCCGAGAAGCCGACGGACAUCAUGGAGUUCAACCGCAUCCGGGACAAGUUCGAGGACCGCCUGGUCCAGAUGCUCGAGAAGGACGACUGCGUGUUCAAGCUGGCGCUGGCCGUGAAGAAGGUUUGAGCCGCAGUGAACGCGAGGUGUUGCCGUGAGAGUGGGUUGGAGCGGGCGUUGCGCGUUUGUUUUCAAACUGCAUGCGUUGGCCGUUGGCUGCGUUGGCCGGUGAUCGGGAAAAAGCAAUACUUACACACCGGUGCCGCGUCUUUUGUCGUGGUCGUCAGAGAAGCACAAGGAGUUGGGUAAUUGGAGGUGAUGCGCUGAGGGCAGUUAACGCCCCUACACGCCAGCGUCCUGGAGUGUUUUGCAUAAACCAGCUCACUUUUCAAAUGCUAACAUUGCUGUGCGGCGCAGAUGGUUGAAUUAUUGCCCGAUGACAUGCACAGUCCAGGUGGUGACCGGUGCGAGGUAGAAAAAAAAGAAUAACGGUGCAAGUUUCAUAUUCACCAUGUAGAUAAAUGAGGCUGCUCUUGUGCCAUAGUUUGGAUUUGCCUGUGAUCACAAUCAUUUCUUCAUAAUCACAAAUUCAUUUCCUCAUGCCUAGCAUACUUUCAUUCAUAUAGGGAAGGUGCUCUGCCGUGGUGCACAUAUUUUUAAUGUGUGUGGAUAAACAUUUUACAUGGCACCUGUGAUUUUUAUGUGCAUGUUUCUACAGUAUUGAACAACCACAACAAGUGUUGUGACUGUCUAUAUUGUGUUGUCUUUUUCAAAAUGUUCUCGAUGCAACUGGGAAGCUUUAAAAUGGUUUCAGGCCAUUUUUCAAAUUUUGUCCCAGGUUGCCAAUGGGAUAGCGCGUUUUAUUUAUAGGCAUUGACUGUGUGUGCAUGCAAAAUUUUUGGUGGUGUGAUUUUCUUUCCUCCGUGCAUGCAUUAUUUUCUGUGUGCAAAUGUUUGAAGUUCUGACUGGCAGUAUUGCUCUGUGAAGGCAAUAGUAAAAUCAAAGAUUUUCGUUGUCAACAAGGUAUACAAGACAGUUUAUAUAAGGGUGCGUUAAAGCAGUCAGACCAUUUAGGUUCCAAUAUUGUGACUAACCUUCCGAUGCUGAGAGCAUUCUAUGCGGAGCUGGACUUUCUUCAGCCACAGCAUUAGGCUUUCAUCAGAUUGUACAACAGCCCGAAGCUUCUCCAUUUCUUUUUUUUAUUAUUACCCGUACUUUCUAGAAAACUCUUCCACUUGACCUCAUGAAAGUGAGUUGCAGUGUUCCCCCAAUUACUUAAGUAGCCAGUGUGCUUGUCUUUGCACGACAGUUCCAGAGUGAAAAUUUUGUAACCAUGGAGGUGCAUUGGAGUGAAGUUGCAUUCCUCAAGCACUUUCUCUUUGUGAGGAUCUCGAAGAAGAGGUGUUGAACUCUAGCUCUUGCAGCUAACAGUUGUGGUUAGUGUCUCAGAACUGUAUACUUUUAAAGAACUACGAUACAUGUUUUUGAAGUUUUCUUUCCUGUUAAACACUUGGCAAGUUAAAGCUUGAGAAAUAUUUUCAAACUAUGUAUUUUAAUUUGAUACUGCAGUUUCUCUUGAAACGCUGGACCUGGCAUCAUCGUCAUUGCUGUGAUUGUAUGGCACAGGGAAAAAUAGGCACUGUUGCAUAGCGAUAAGGCUAUAGGUGUGAGGUCAUUGCACAUACAGGAAUAGACAAGAAUUCUGCAUGCAUUCUGGCUGCUCCUGUGUCCGGCAACUGCAGCAAUCAGAGGAACGAAGUGGGGCAAAUGUAUCAAGGUGUCACAAUGUAUCCAUACUUGAAGUAUGAAAACCAGAACUAAGUGAUAGGAGCAACCGUUAUAGUAGAUUAUUUAGGGUACUUUGAUGCUUUGCUGUGUAUGUUUACAGUUCUUUAACCUUCAUUUAACAGCAAAGAAAUGAGAGGUCCAAGAUGUUGUGUCAGUACUCCUUUAAAACAGCAUUUCACCUUAUAAAGGUGUGAUAUGCGAGUAAUAUUACUGACCUGUCAAGUUCUUGUUGCACACAGUAGGUUCGGUGGUAUACAAAUGAACAUUCAACAGAAGUUGCACUUUGUAAGAUGCCUCCCGUGGAGUAAGUGUGCAGUCCCAUCAUUUGUGCAUGCCCAUGUGAUGACACACCUUUAUUUGCAAGUACAACAGGACCUUGGCUUAGUGUAGUAGGACCUUGACGUAGACAACUUGUUUCAGAGUUGGUGAGACUGCAGCACGACAGGUAGGAAGACAGAACACCACAUAUAACAGCUCAGAACAGUCAUUGUGCUCUUCGGUCUCUGAUCUAGUUGUGCGGCCUUCUUACUAAGAAUGGCUUGUUGAACUUGAGCUAGUGAAAAAUAUCUUUACGAUGCCGGGGUGUUGGCACAUGACAUUUUGUGCUGUACUUUACUAUUUAACCGAAAAGAACUGCGUGGCUACAUGAAAGUGGUGUACAAUCUGAUGGAUGGCUUGUUCACUUUUGCUGCAAUGGGUUCGGCUUUAGAAAUUAGAAUUGUGAGCAUUGUCAUUGCAAGGUUAUUUACCAGCUGUGGGCUUGUUAGGCUAUGUGCUUCGAGAGGUGAAUUGUGGUUGUGCUGCCAAGCACGAGGUUGUGGGUUCGAUUUCAAGCUGUGGUGGCUGCAUUUCGAUGGAGUCAGAAUGCAAAAAAAAAAUUCUCUUCUUUCAAGCCAUGUCAGUGAGAGCCUUGAUUUUCAUCUCUGUCUGCAUUAUGGGUGCUGCAUUGUUCCAUAGUUGCUUCUGAUCCUUGGAUAUCGCUGCACUGUAGUGGUUUCAUAUUCAUACCUAAGUGCAGACUCAAUCCUUCUAGGUUGAUAACCCUUACUUUGAGCAGUUUUUGCUAGUAGAGUGCCGACUUGCCUGAAAAGGCCGUCAACUAGCGCCCUGCUUAUUAGAGGAGCAACACAUACCUGGCUUUGAAACUUAGCACCACUACCCCUAGCAACAGCUAAGCAGUGAUCCUUUGAUCUCUUUUUACACAGACGGUACCAGGAGCUCUCGGGCCCACACUCAUUCUAGCUCACGUUUUCCCAACCAGCAGCUUACGAGGUGACGCACUGCAACGGCAUGAGCAUUUCUCGUGAUUACUACCAGGUUUUGUGGUGUCGCUAUGGUUCAACUGGCUGAAGGGUAUAGAAAGUUUUGCAUGUGCCUUUGCGGCAAUGAACCAGCGACCUUCAGAAACUUUUGGUCCUGUGCCCUAUCAGCCUACCAUUCUGCAAAAAAAAAAGCAUGUUGUAAAGUUGGGACGAUGUCUAAGAUACUUUUCUGUGUUUUCAAAUAAAAGAAAUGGGUAUAAUGCCUCAAGCACAGAUAAUUUUUCAAAUAAUUUACAACGAUUUUGAUUUGUAAUUUAUCAUUAGCUGCAGGGAAAAACUGUUGAAAAUGUGUGCUUUUGAUUGCAACGCUACCGUGGCUCGUCGCUCUCUUUCUUACUCGCUCUGAGGAAUGCUGGAAACUUGCUACUGUCGCAGUGUUUGUAAACAGCUAAAUUGUGUGGUCUCAUGUGGAAGUAAUUUUUUUUCUCGCUGCCUUGUCCAUAUAGCGGUGCAGACAGUGGCAAGAAAGGGGAGAAAGCACGUUACAAAGAAGAUUUUAGUAAGAGAAGAGGCAAGUGAAGGCACUGUUGAAGGUUAUGCUUGUCGCAUUCCCAGAGUAUUAGUUGGCUGCUAGGUGGGCAAGUUGGCACUCAUGUUCAUCUUGCUCCAUGAUUUUUCUUGGAAAUUGUAUAAAAUUUGUGUAACAUCCGGUGGAGGUUAUGAAAGCAAUAUUUACACUUCGUUGUAGCUUCAGAUGUGUCAGUGCAAAUUUUUAGUUUGAUGCGUUUCAGUGUUUGCUUUCAUGCGUUCGGUUGUGCAAUUAUGAGAGGAGCGCAUUGUAUGAGGUUUGUAGUUUCUGCUAUAAACAUGUGCAAGAGCUCAAGGUAGCUGUUUUGAAUCUCAAAUACACAGCACCCUAAAUGUGUCGAGGCUAAGAAUAUUAGGCGCGAGACAAAAGAAAGGAAUUUGCUGUGGAAAGGACAUUUCACCACGACGCAGCGUUAGCCUUCAGAAUAAACUUUCUCUCUUCGUUUGUCUAUUGCAUGUUGACAAUCUCACUUGUGUGCGUUAGGAAAGAUGCUGGGUGUUGCAUAAAUAAUGGAGAUAGCUAUAAAGGGCUCUUCUGGCUGUACCACUGACUUGUUUAGGAUGAAAUUUCAUUGAGAGGUAGCAUUUUGUGGUGUACUUUGUCUAAUACCUUGUUUGUGUGCAUUACAUGUCUCUUUCAGACAGAGUAAAGUACACUUAUGCCGGGAUAAUGUAAUGGUUCCUCUCGCUUGUUUAUUCUUUCAUCACCUGCCAGUCAUGACUGCACAAUACUGUUGACAAGAAAGGCCAUAUGUGCUAGGACCACUCUCGUAUUGCAACACGAAAAGAAAUUGGAUAUAGUCAUUGGAAUUAAUCAUAUAACCACAGAAUGCUGCUUAAUAGGAGCACCAGAUACACGUGACUGUUUCAGCCAAAGCGCUAGCUUAUUUGUGCUUGAAUUUUCCACGGAAGUGGUUUUUUGUGGGCUGUACAAUACAGUGCCAUGUUUCAAAGCAUUACGUGCCUAGUUGGCCUAAGAACAGUGGUAUUGCCACAGGCAAUGCUAUUAGUCGUAUGCUCGCCUAGUCACUUAUGCUUUUGCUCUAGAAAUUACUGAUAAUGUUGCCAUUCUUUUACUAGAAGUUUACAACUUUUGCCUGGCAUUGCCGCGGGCAGCGUGAGCUCGAGCAUCAUGGAAAGAAGCAGGCAUGUAAUGCAUUAAGCUGCGUCAGCUGCGCAGUGCCACCUUUGUGGGAAAUGUGAGUGUAAACAAGCGGGCGGCUUCCGGAAGAACUGUGUAUAUUUGGCUAUCCUAUUUAUGACACACUUUGUAUGUCAUCUGCAAUGAUGUGGGGCAAACUUAAGAGGAAGCUUUCGCUCACCGGUGCCACUUAUUCUAACACAUGUAAAACGUAGAAACGCUUUUCUGAGGUAACCACUGUGCUGAUUUGAAUAAAGUUUGUUGUACUUGAGACAAGAAGUUCAAUUCUAGUGACUGUUGGAACCAGACUUUUGAUUUAGGACCUGAAUUCUUUAAAAGGAAAUUUCCAAAAACUGGUAUGCUUUAAAAAAAUACAAGAAGUUUACAAAUCUGUAGCUCUGCUCCAAAAGCAGAUAUCAGAGUUCUGUAAAAUGCAUCUGUUAUAGCAUCCAAAGUUGACAAAUUUGAUAUAUUAAUUAAUGUCUCACGUGAAUUUGUUGCAUUGUUUACAAGGGUUUUGUAAAUGUUGUCACAUAUUAGCAGUAUAUUUGAGAGCCAUGUAUAAUACAUCGAUUUUGUUCACUUUACAUGUACUAUUAGAUGCAUUUGAUAGAAUUGUGAUAUCAUUCUUCAUUGCCGAGUUACAUAGAUGUAAACUUCAUAGUUUUGUUUCCUGAAAAUUUGAGAUUUUCAACAAUCUUUAUUAAAAAUUAACAGCCUAAACUGAAAAUUCGCUACCAACAGUCACUAGAAUUUAACCUUUCCUUUUAAGUGCAACAAAGCUCAUCAAAUUUAGUGCAGUGGUUGCCGAGAAAUAUGAUUUCUCCUUUCCCAUGCAUCUAGAUGAGAGCCCGCUAAAGCGUUCUCUUAAGGCUUCAGCAAAUGAAAUGCACUCUUUAAAACAUUUCACAUCCUUUGCAGGUGUAAGAAGCACAGAUCUUUGUCCACAAACAAUAAUUGUCUGUCUUGCUUGAGUUCCCUUGAAAAUUGUGUGCUUGCUGCUUUCCUGUAAAGAAUGCUCUGUUAUGCUAAUAACACACAUGCCAUUAGUGACCUGGAAGCACUGGGUGUGUAGCGUUAAAGCGUUAUGCAUGCAAUAUCGAUUAUGAUUAUUGUUUAGGGAGAAAAUAACCCUCAAAGGAUGCAAACUUAGAGUGUAGCGGUGCCGUCUAUCACUGUUAGGGGAACAGAGAGCGCCACGGUUGUGUUGUUAAAAGCUGUCCAUUCCUUGUCUGCAGAUGACGGAUGCUUAUGAGUUAUUCUCAACAAUGUGAGAAAGUACCGCAUCCAAGUGUGGUUUAAUCAAAAUACCUUGUGGAACCCUCUAUUUCGGCUGAAUUUUAGGGGGACGGAGUCAGCAGUUUGGCUGCAGAAGCCAGUUAUAGACAGGCUGUAGAGCACGGCAUAAAUAUUCAACAGUAUUGCCAUCACAUACCAUGUGGACAAAAAUAAUUUUGACAAACUCAACUGCCCUCUAUUAUUGCUGCAAGAAAUUUAAAGGCCAGCUGCAACAAGGUUUCAUUUUGGCUCUAAGUGUAUAAGUCAUACCUCGAUAUAACGAAGUCGGUGAAAUCAAAUUUUCUUCAAUAUAUCGAAAUUUUGUAUUGAAAUUCUACCUUUUAUGCGAAUAAGUACAGUCAUCGAUAGGUUUUUCAUACACGGAAAGGGGUCGCAGUAUCUUUCUAAUUUGUGGCAAUCGAAAAAAGGAAACUUGAAUGAAAAAACAAUUCAUUUUGAUGAAUUCAGGGUGGGCGACGACUGAUACUGUUUCAUGCCAUGUCGAUACCUUCACAACGGCAGUACGAAUUAAGCGAAGCCAGCCGCACUUUCGCAUGUACUCCGCCCCCGCGGCUGAUAGCAUUGUUGGCACUGGGACGAUGCUAUCAUGAAAAGCGCCAGCAGCUUCGUCUGCCUCUCGCUCCAACAAGUCAUCGAAACUCGAGAUUCCAUAACAACUAAAACUAAACGCGCAGGAAGACAGCUUGCAAGACGCCAUGCUGUCUCAGCACGCCCACUUUUUGCACAUGUGGCCGAUUACCUCUAAAGCAGGGUGCGCGGCAGUGAUGCACUCAGCCCCCCUUACAGUGUGCGCAAGCACGGCCCAGAUGCGCGCCAACUGACGCUUCCCCCCCUUCCCCACGUCCCUUCGUGCAUUUGAUCAUUCGUGCUUGAUCACCGCAAGCUGGCUCCCCUCCUCCUCUUUCGCUUUGCUUGCGCAGGAAGGCAGCAUUCCUGAAGCCAUCAUUUUUCUUGUCUCACCCUCGCACACUUUCAAUUGCACUUGGACUUUAUACGGAGCAUGAUGCGGCUCUAUUUAAAUGGUUGCUCAUGUUGAGAGGCGCUUUUGCAAGCAGCUGCUUGUAAUUCAAUCAAAUCAAAUUUAUUUCACAUCUGUACAUGAUGUACGCGGCACAGACAAAAAGCCAGUCAAUUUGGCUUGAAAUUUGUGCACAAAAUAAACGAAAACAAGAAUUAGCAACAGCAAUCGGACAUUCUUAGGUAGCAUUAUACAAAAGCAAGAGAAGAAUCUAAAUGUAUGCAAUGAAAAAAGAGAAAAAAGAAAGUGUUAUUCAAACAAGGACAAUCAUCAUUGUUGCUCAGAAAAAAGAAAGAAUUCUAAACACCAAUCGGACAUUGUUAGGUAGCAUUUCAACUAUGACAAGAGAGGAAUCUAAAUAUACGCAGUGAAGAAUUGUAAUCAAAGCAAUGUAAUACAACUUGCAUACAUCAUUGCUGGAGAAACAUAAGGAACGGAGGGAGUAAUAAAAAACCAAGUUAAUUUAACAAGGAUGGUAAUGAGUUGGAGAGAAGUUGUGUACCAUAAUUGGUGCGUGUCUGGGGUAUGAACGAGGUCACAUUAUGACAAGCAUUGUAUUUUUUUAUGCUUUUGGAUAAGUUGGAUAGGUGUUCAGUAAUGUGAUUUUCUCGCAUUUUUUCCCUAAGGUACCGUUGCAAGAGCAAUUCAUUGAAUAGUAAGCUUACAGGACAAACUUGAAGUUUCUUAAAAAAAGGUUCAGUGGGUUCGUCGUAGGCUGAGUUGCUGAUUGCAUGCACAGCCUUUUUUUUUUUUUUGUAGUAGAGAAAGCUUUGUAAUGUUUGACCCUGCAGUGUUGCCUCAGACAAGGUGACAGUAUUUUAGGUGUGAAAAAAAGAGAGAGUUAUAGCUUGAUGAAAGUGGGCAGAGAAAAGCAUACCUUUGCAAGGGCACCCACGACGCGUGCAAGUUUACCGCUGCAAGUUCACCGCUGAGCAUGUUGAAAUGUUUAUUCCAGGUUAAAUGUUCCUCAAAAAUGAUGCCAAGGCAUUUAACCGAGGAGGUUAUAUCAACAUGCGAGUUCCCUAAAACUAUACGGUCAGUAAUAUUAGUCCUGGAAUUUUUAGGCUGAAAUAGAAUGGCUUUUGUUUUGUUUGCGUUGAUGAUUACAGUCAUUUACAAUCAUUACAAUCAUUUGACCUUUCGUGGAAGUUUCCAUUUAUUGUCUCGGCAUUCCUUUGCGGUGGCAGCGAAAUUUCGUUAUAUUGAAAUCGCGUGCAAACACAGUUUGUUAUAUUGAGGUUCUAAAUAUAUGGUGGCCUAUGUACAAGAGGUUAUGAAAAGUUGAAUGCUUUGUUAUAUAGAAAAUUUGGUUAUGUCGAAGUUAGUUAUAUCGAGGUUUAACUUACUAUCAAGACAUCUUAGCAAAGUUGAAUUGCUGGCAGUUGAUUAAUUUUCCUAUUAACUGCUUUUAAAUAGCACUCAAGCAGAUGCAUCGGGUACAUGGUGGUUAAAAAACUGCAGAAUAUGGCCUCUGAGAUUUUUAGUACACCGUAGUUGCUACAUGAUCUCUGAGAUCAUGUCCAGGCAGCACGCUGGUUCUCGAUGAUCAAGGUCUUGUAUCAGUUCUAGUGAACAGUAAUGGCAGUGUUUUUCUGUGAAUAUGACAAACAUUUUGCAACAUUUAGUAAAGUGAUGAAUGGGGCUAGAUGGUGCAUGGUGCGAUUCUUUCUGUGUUAAAACUCAGCCCAAGACAACAAUGUUUUUACGACGUGAUUUCAAACAUAAAGCAUAUUUCAAACAAACCUGACAGGGAGGCUGCCCUUUAUCUACACUGGAAACAAAACUGCUUAUGCUGUCCAAAAUUUGGUUGGAGUACGCCUUUAACAGAUGUUACUUUUUAAAGAAGUGCUCCAAAAGUUGCUUUGCAGAGAUUGUUGUUCGAAGCGGCAACCAGCAAAAAAAAAAAAAGCAUAAGUGUCAAUGUAGUUGUCCACUGUUUUUGCCUGUAUUGUUGUUUGUUUACAAAGUUGCGGUUUGUCUACACCUGUCAUUGCACAUAAUUGAAAAGUGCAGUUUGUGCCCAAGCCUUAGAUGCAGCCCAUUAAAGGAGCAGACACAGUGAAGUUGCACUGAGAUAUGGCCCAGUAACUGCCACAUUUGUGAUAUUAAAACAUUCCAGUCGACUCUGAAUGUUACACUUCCUUGGCUUUUGAAUGUUGCAUCAAUAAAGUAUUCUUUUAUUUCAA